AUACAUUCUAGCUACAAAGUUAAAUGGUUCUUCUCUUUAUAUGCACGGUAUUUACGUGUGUAAUGUGUCUUUUCUUUGUACGUAUGCGCAUGUAUCUGUACGUGUAUACAUUCCAAGGACAUCUUUCAUCAGACUAGUCUUAAUUUGGUAGUUGAUACAUUGUCAUAGUUUGUGUUUUUAUUGAUGAUUAUGUGCACAGAAUUAUGCAGAUCUCAUACUUCCCUCCCUUUCUGGCCUAUUUUCUAUUGGCCUUUUUACUAUUGAUGAUGGUGAAAUAAAAAAAUUGUGUUUUCGGAUGCAAAUGUCGUACUCAUGAGACCAUAAUUUGAGAAUUCUAAGGUGCGGUGGUAAGGUGAUAAAAGUUGCUGUCUUUCUUGUUCAUAUUUUGUCGGAUGAGAAUUAGCAGUGAGCAUAAAGACAAGAGUAGCAUCAUCGAAAAUGUCAAAUAUCAAAUCUCAUAUCUGACUUGUAGUAUAUUUAAUUUCUGUCUUCCAGUGCUUGUUGAUUAAUUACAUCAGAAGGACUUUGUUUGUUACAAGUAACCAAGGGCAACUUUCAUGUCUGAAUUCGAAACAAACAUCCCAAGUGCUUUUGAUCCCUUUGCUGAGGCAAAUGCUGAGGACUCAGGUGCUGGGACGAAAGAGUAUGUUCAUGUUCGAGUACAACAACGUAACGGAAGGAAAAGCCUAACAACUGUUCAAGGAUUAAAGAAAGAGUAUAGCUAUAGCAAAAUACUCAAAGACCUGAAGAAAGAAUUCUGCUGCAAUGGUACUGUUGUUCAAGACCCUGAGUUGGGCCAGGUUAUACAACUUCAGGGAGAUCAAAGAAAGAAUGUUUCUACUUUCCUUGUGCAGGCUGGCAUAGUGAAGAAAGAACAUAUCAAGCUUCAUGGAUUCUAAGAUCUAAGCAACAGUGGCAUCAAGAUUGAAUAUCAGCAGCAGCUUCUUAUAAAUCUGAAUUCAAGCAAUUUUUAGUGACAUCAAGAUUCUGUUAUAUCGUAGCUAGAGUCAUAUGUAAUCUUCUGUGGUAUUGUUUACCUGUGUUCUGGAAAGUUACUGCUGAGGGAUAAAUGGUAAGGAUAAUGUCUAUAUGUAAGACAAUUGUCCUGAAUAAAUUUGUGAGUAUUCUUCCC